AUGGCGGUGAGCUUUGAACUUGUUUUAGUUGUCAGAAAGUUUGCGCCUCUUGGUGAGGUUUUCCAGAGGACACAUGCCCUGACCUUCGUCUCCCUAUGUAGUACACUGUUCUAUUUCGGCUUCUACAACCGCUCCGUCUUUCAGGACUUUUUCGCCCGUACCGAGGUCGACGACUACCAAGCGGUGAACGAGAUAAGGAUAAGACAAACCUUAGACAAGGCUUCGGUGUCGUCGUGGAGUUAUGACGCUGAGAGACUGAGGGAUGCGCCGGAAAGUAGUUUGAAAAAUCUUGCACCUCAGCUAUUCGAGGCCCUUCCGCAGCCAUUUUCCCCCAAGUUUAGGAAUCCAUGCUGGGACGUCCGCAAGAAACCGAGGCAGUGUCUACCUUAUUUCUAUCUCAUCGGGAUGCCCAAGUGCGGCACCACGGAUCUGUGGAAUAAAUUAAUCCGCCAUCCCUACAUCGCUGACACCAAGAAGGAACCCCAUUGGUGGAGUAGGAUUAGAAUGGGUCGAGGCAAUGCGAACCACACAAAGUUAAACUCCAAUCCCAUCUCAUACUACACUCGAUUUGCCAGAAUAGUUGUCAACUACACAAGGGUGUAUGAUCGCAACAUAAGCAAGGUUAUCAUUGGUGAUGGGUCUGCUUCUACCAUGUGGGAUAACCGAUAUUGGAGGUAUUUUUAUCCUAACGCUACCCAUGGCCCCGCCCAUGUCAACGGAGAGUUGAUUGUAACGAUCCAACCAGAUGCAAGGGCGAUAGCUAUCCUGAGAAACCCCUCAGACAGGUUAUACUCUGACUACCUCUAUUUCACACCUGCAAGUACGCUAACACCUCAACACUUCCACGAAAGAGUGCGAACAAGUAUAGAGAAGUUCCAUGAAUGUACAAAAAGAUUAGAUGUCCGUACGUGCACGUACGAUACCAGUAACUUAAAGGACUUUGUGAGAUUAGAAGUCGGUCUAUACAGUGUCUACAUUCGAGACUGGUUAUCAUUCUUCCCAAGGAAGAGAAUAAAAGUAAUCCGGAUCGAUGAAUGGCAUCGGCAGUGCGCUAAAACACUGAGAGAACUUUAUGAAUUCUUAGCCAUAGAACCACUUCGAAUUCCAGCAUUAAUCAAGAUAUGUCAAGACGAUGCGGAAAACACUCGCUCUCCAGACAAACUAAGCCUUGGUCCAAUGCUUCCCGAGACGCAACAAUUACUUGAUGAAUUUUACGCUCCUUUUAAUCGUGAACUUGCACGAAUGCUGGGCGACGAGCGGUAUUUAUGGGACGACAGGGGGCCUGGCAGCAGCGAGGAGUCCGUGCCUUGAAUCUUUCAGACCGCGGUUACGCCUUAUUAGUUUCAAGAACUUCAGAUCGGGGAUCGUGUGCAAAAAUUCCUAUGCAAGUCAUUUCUGACUAUUUGCCGUUGAGUCAAUCAAUUGUUAACAAUACGAUAAUUGAUUGGUGUGUUUUUAUGAAGACAUAUACAGUUACAACUUGUAUUUAUUUUCAGGAUUGACUCUUUCCUUGCCAGCUGCUUUUAACUUUGGAGUAUGAUGUUAUGGUGAUGUUUCAAUCACAUAUUAUGAGAAAAAUUUGGUCACUUACAGAUAAUCCAAGAGGUGCUAUUUAUCUGUUUUAAGGCCUUGUCACAUUGUUCCUUGUAAGCCUCGCGGGUGAGUUGCAAGCAAUCACCCGCAACUCCCCUGCAACAGAGUUUUGAGCAUGCUCAAAUCUUUUCUGCAGGCAAAUCAAGACUUGCGUGCGCUCCUGCGGGCAACAUGCAUGCGUGCGAGCGAUGCGAGAGAUACUGUCAAUGCGGGUGACCUGCAGGUAGCAAAAGUAGUCAUCCGCAAGUCACGUGCAAAGCUUGCACGGGAAAGUGUGCCAGGGACUGUACAGUCUGAUAAGUAGAAUAUCAAAUCCCAGCUGCACUUGGGAACUAUAUUCUGCCCUCACUCAUUGGACAUAAAUCUGCAAUUCUGUCCACUUUGUAAAUAUAUGUUCUUGCCUUCGAGACGUUUUAUAUUUAUAACACCAUUUUAUUUUUUAGAAUGUCAUUUGAUGUUGUCUAUACUCCUGGAUUAUGUGCUGUAGGAUCUACAGUUGUACUUAAAGAGAGAAUGUUCUCUUGAGUUUGUCUUUCUCACUUAUGGAACAGUCACAUGUCACACUGGCGGAUCCAACUCCAAACUGGUCGAUGAUGUACCAUUUGAAACAAUGUAAUAGCCUCGAUCGGUCUGGAGUCGGUUACGGUGAUGUGACUUUGCAUUAGUUUGCGUUCUUCAUGCUGGGGAAAACAGUAUUAGUACAAUUUAACAAGGUUAUUUUUCUGUCUUCUACUAUUGAUAUGCGUGUGCACUGUAAGAAUUAUGGUCGCCAAGCUGAAGCCGGGGUAAUAAUAUCCAGGUCCUUUGGAAGCGCAUAGAGAUGUCAUCAUCGUAAUGUGAUAUGCGCUAUACAUUUAUUAUCUAUUUUGUUUAUUAUUAUUAUUAUUGAUUGAAAAUUUUCCGCAUUGUUUCCCUUAUUUGUAAAUCAUGUGGAAAACAGACCUGAACAUUUUGAAGGAAUGUAGUCUCCAGUCCCAACUUUCUGUGGUACAGAAAACAGAAAAGAAUCACAGAACUCCAGACGAACACAGGCCAUUGCUCUGGAAAAUGGAACCUCACUUAUUUUGUUUUUCACUAUGCAGGCAAAGAUUAGCGGGAAAACUUGCUCUUGGGUGUAUAAAUUAGACCGAUGGUUUGUUUAGAUGUACAUGUACAUAUUUUCUUGCCAUUAUUUUGCAAUAAACUGCAAAUCAAUUAAAAUGCUGCACUUUGAUGCAAACCUUUUAAAGUCACAAACCUACAUCACAAUAAUGACAGGAUUUUUUUUAUGUUGUAGAUUUCAUCAGUUUUGUCCAUCACUAACAAGAAUUUUUGUUCACAAAUGACUUUUUUUUGUGUGUGAAAAGGCCUUGUGACAAAUAAGAUAAAGAUGGAAAGUUACAAUCAAGUCAAUUGGAAGGAAUUUCUUUUCAAAUAUGUCCUAAUUCUAAUUCAGGUACAAAUUCUAUUCAUUGUGUGAUAUACAUAGAAGUUCAUUUUAAAGUUAUUAUUGGUGCUAUAGUUUUAUGACAAAAUUAACUUUUGUGCCUAAUUUCUAAUACAAAUGGAAGCCUUUUAGUCAUAUACUUGCAUAAUGUUAUCAUGCAGGAAAAAUAAUCAUUCAAGAAUAAUAGCAGAAUAAACUAGCGAAUCCCCGUAGCAAUCAAAUGAGAGUGUACGGUGACCUUUCUUGAUGAAGAGGAAUUAGAUACCCACAUGUAAACGGAACAAUCAGGGCCCCAUCUUACAAAGAGUUACGAUUGAUUGGCAAAGAGUUAUUGAUCCAAUCAAUCGUAACUCUAUAUGGAAAUCCAUCAGUGUCAUCAUUUUUUCUAUAGGAAAUUGGCACAAUGUCCUUUGUAAACAUAGAGAAGCACAGUGAAUUUAAAAAAAAAACAAUGAAUGCAUGAAUAUACAUCAUAGUUGGAAAAUAUUUUGAACAGACAUGCAUAAUACAUGUUGACGUUGCUGGCCGUCCGUAGUUGCGAUUGAUCAGAUCAAUCAUAACUCUUUGUAAGAGGGGCCCUCUAUAUUAAACAUGUUUUGAUUAUCUCGUGAAGCCAGACAUAAUCUGAGCACAUCCUAUCCCCCGAGGGAAAAGGUAAUUUUUUGGUCUAGCAAAGACCGUAUUUUUAAGUUUCAUUUUGUAUGUGUAAUAUGUGACUUUUUCAUACAUAUAUUAUUUAAUGUUUCAUUGUAUAUUAUCAUGGGAUGUAUAUAAUCAUUUUAUCAGUAUGUAGGGAGAUGGCUCAGUUAGAAUGAAGCCUUUUUCAUCAGUUGUUAAAAGAAACUUAUUCUUAUAGACAUUUGGGAUUAGAAUGUGCUAUGACUGUAUGUAUAUCUGUUGAUUCAUAAAUGAAAUGUCCUUUUCCUUCUUUUAUUUCUCACUCUCUUCUUUCCUCCUUAUUUGCACUGCCUUUUUUUCCAUAAUCUAUUCUGGGCCCCGUCUUACAAAGAGUAACGAUUGAUCCAAUUAAUCGUAACUCUAUCCAUCAGUGUCAUAAUUUUUUCUAAAGGAAAUUUGCAAAAUGUCCUUUGUAAACAAAGGAGAACACACCAAAUUGUCAAGUAAUCAAUGAAUUUAUGGAUAUACAUUCAUAUGUAGAGAAAUUUUUGAGCAAACAUGCUUUUCAUAUGUUGACUUUGCUGGCUUUCGAUAGUUGUGAUUGAUCGGAUCAACCACAACUCUUUGUAAGACGGGCCCCAGAUCUCCCCAGGUGGAUGUUUCAUAAAGCUGUUUGUAAGUUACGAGCGACUUUAUGAAUGACUUGUGAUCCUUUCUUAGAAGCGUAAUCAACACUAGUGAAAAUUUGGUCACAUAAUUACCAUUAUUAUUUGUUUGGCGUCACCUGUGCCUGGGAGGCAAAAAGUGAACUGAAUCACUUUGACCCGCAGAUCUCUCCUCUCCGAUAGUUAUUUCCAAUUGGUCUAAUGCCAAUUUGUCCGAUUACUAAUUCGUCUACUAUCAUUCGGUCAACUAUCAGUUCGUCCACUAUCCCCAGGGUCUAAAUGCCAUUUCGUCCACUCGCCAUUUUGUCUAAUAACCAGUUGGUCCAAUAGCCAUUUAGUCCAUUUACCAUUUGGUCUAAUUGGACUUAAGUGUCAAUUGGGCAAAUUUAAUAUAAAGAAAAUGGGUAUUAGACCAACUGGUUAUGAGACAAAAUGGUCAUAGACAAGCUGGUGAUUAGACAAAGUGAUUAUUGGACCAAAUGGCUGUUAGAUGAAAUGUUGAUUGAUGGAAUGGCAUUAGACUAAAUGAAGGUAGACCACGUGAUGAGUGGACGAGUUGGCAAUAGACGAAUCGGCAGUUUACCUCUGAUAGGAUCACCAGUCGUUUGUAAAGUAGCUCUUAACUUACAAACAGCUUUAUGAAACACCCUCCUGUUUUUCUAGUAGGAUCCCCUUUCAUCUCUUCAGGGACCCCUUACACAAACCUCAGUCUUUGUCUGCUCCCAAGACCAAUCUGUGCAUGCUUAUAACUUCUAAGAAAUUUUCCCUGAGAGGAUAUGGUGUAAGUGGGUAUGAAAUCCAGAAAAUAGUUAUCAGGGCCAGUAUUCAAUUCAAUACUUAUGCCAGAAUUUUUUGUAUUUUACUCAUUAUUUUUCAAAAGUAUAAUACUUAUCCAUCUUUGGUAUUCAAUUGCAUAAAGUAUUUUGCUUAAAUCUUAGUCAGCCGCCUGCCAGACUUAAGCCUGGCUUGCAUGCAGUUUACAAAAGUAAUAUGCUCAGUCAUACAUUCAGCACACAGAUGGAUUCUUACAUUGCGCGUUAUUUGGCUCAAACUUUGGACAUUACAAUGGUUAUUAGUAAGUAUUUUGCUUAAAUUUGGCUUGAUUAAAAUAAAAUACUUAGAUGUGAUCUGAAUAAAAGUUUAAGAAUUUUGCUUAGCCAAGUAAAAUGCUAAGUAAAAUACAUACCAUAUUAAUAUUUUCAAUUGAAUACCGGCCCUGGUAUUUUGAGGCCUUAACAAAAUCUUCCAAAUGUACAGGUAAUUUGGUGAUCAAGUGAGUUUGAAUGCCAAUCAUUUUAUGUACUUGGCCCAAAUGUCAAUAAUCAUAUUUAUGUCAUGAAAUUCACACUAUGCUGUUGUUUUACGAGUUGUAAAUGAGAAUUUUAUAUAAAUGGGAUGAAUUUUGUUG